AUGAAAAAUAAAUUGGGAAUAAAAAACUUUAACUAUUAUGCUGCUCAAGAAUUAGAAUCGGAUGCCUUUUCAAAAUUUUAUCAAUUGGAUGAAUUUUUGUUAGAAAAAAUUUAUAUUACUGAUGAAAGAGAAUAAGUUUAUUUAAUAAAUGCUUAUGAAAAUAUAAUAAAGUUAAAUCUUCCAAACAUUGUAUAAUACUUUGAAAUUGAUUAUAAUGAAAAAGAAAAAUGUAUUGAAGUUUUACGUAGGUUUUAUAAAACUAAAUUGUUGGAUAAUAAAAUUAGAAACAAGUUUUUAGUAGUUACAAUCACUCAGCAAUUGUUUUAAACAUUAGCAUCUCUUGAAGGAUUUGGAGUACAUUUAUUAGGAUUAAAAGCAACAAAUAUUUUUUUCGAAAAUGAUAAUAUUUAUAUUAGUGGAUUUGUUAGAUCCGAAAAAUUUUUACUUUCCUAACCAAUUUUCUAAUCUAAACAUUUAAGAGGUUUUAUCUAGGAAUGUAUAAAUACAAAGAAAUAUAAUAUCAACUAGCGAUAUUAAAGAAAAUCUCAUGCAAUGAUUUAUUCAGCAUUAGCUGUUUUAUUGUAAUAUAUUUUGAAUGAAGACUUCGAAUAGAUAGCCAAUAUUAUUAGAUGGUUAGAUAAUGGGGAAGAUAAUUUAAAAGCAGUACCAAGUACAUAAAAAUUACUUGGAAUUAUUGAAGAAAAAUAUGAUUGUAUGAGAAUAUUCAUAGAAUAAGCCAAAUGUUUAUUGACUAAUGAAUUUUUGAAUCCUACAGAAGAUCUAGCAAUUUAAAUGAUGCUUUUAGCUUCUGAAUUAAGAUUUGAGAAUAAUAUCAUUGUUUUAGGAGAAUAUUAUAGCUUAAAUUAAAAGGAAGAAAUAAAAUAAUAAUAGCAAAGUUCUAAAAUUCAGGAACCAAAAGAAUAGAAUACAUAGAUUGAAUAAGUUUAGCAAAAAAGAAAAUCUCUUUAACCGAAAAGAUGUGGUGGAGGGUUUGUAGUUAAAUAAAAAAAAUGA